AUGGACAGGCUGAAGUCGCUGUGGCCGCCCACACACGCGUACAAGGAAGUUCGCACCAGCCAAUCUGAUGACGAUGAGCGACAAUCCGAAGGCUCGGAGGAGAACCUGCGCGAACAGAUCGCAACCUUGGAAAGCAACGUCUGGUGCCUGCGCGUGAGCUUGCUAAUAACAGUCGUGGCUCUCAUGCUAGUGACUGUAUUUGCUGUCUUUGAUCGUGUCACGUCCGUCAGAGAUGCCCAUAAAUGCGGGCAUAUCGGUAGCGAUCACAGCGGCUUCGUCCCGCCAGAAAUCGGCGAACCAGGAAGAUGGACAAUUUUCGACAAGUCUUCUCCGUAUUAUAUCGAGGAGGACACGUUUUACGACCUGAACAAGACGAGAAUGGUCGUCAAGAAGCUGAAGAGCUUGCAUAACUCUUCAAAUGUCUUGGUCAACGACAACUGGGCGGAUUGGCACAAACCUGAUGGCACCGUUGCAAAACUGCCGGCGUAUUAUUCAACGGUAUCAUACCGACAAACUUACAUCAUCCGCUCUUUUCAUCAAAUGCACUGCCUCAUUUCCAUUACCGAAGAAUACGGUCAUCGCGUUCACAACGUCUCGUCACAAUGGGCUCCUCAACACGUCGCCCACUGCCUGAACACUAUCCGCGAAGCAAUCAUGUGCCUUGCGGAUGCAUCUCCGAUGACCUAUGUCAACGGCUUCGCGGUGGGGCACGUCACUGACGACCAGAAGUUCAUGUGCAGAGACUGGUCUGCUUUAAGGAAGUGGGCAAACGACCCUGUCAGAGGCGUGCGAUACAAGAAUCUGGCGUCUGAAGGGGGGAAGCACGACAACUACACUGAGAUCAUCCCGUUCCCGAAGUUGUCCCCGGAUGAAGAGAUUGGACUGGCCUGA